AUGUAUCGGCGGGGGUCCAACAUGAGCGACUUGAGCUUCAUAACGGACGUUGAGAUGGCGCAAGACGAGGUGGGCAUCGAACUCGCUCCAAUGCAUCCAACGCAUACCGCAAUACCUAGACAACAACUAAUGACAAAAACCAAGGUCUUCGCGGGUCCCAUGUCCGAGAGCGUCCCCACGAGCAUCUCCUCCUUCGCCCACCGUCGACCGCGCGCAGACUCUACCACUAGCUUCACAUACUACGAUGACGAUAGAGACUCGGAGGAGGGUGUGGAAGAGGAGGCUAUUGCAGAAGAAUAUGGUGACAUUGCUGAUUACGAUCAGUAUGCGGAGGAAUUGGAUGAUCUUGAGGCGGGCAGAGCCCCAUCCUUGCUUCGGCGGAAAUCUUCGGGAUACUCGAGGAGAUCUAUUGAAGCGCCUCUAUUGAGGAGACACUCGGCUUCAAGCGCAGACUCCGCCGAAAGGUGGAGAGGAGGUCGUAUCAGCCAGAAAGUUUACAUCUUGACCGAAGAUUUAACCAUUGUGGUUGCCGGCUUCAAAACGUCGACCAUAGGCUUUGCUAUAUACAUGGUCCUCUGUACCAUCACUGUCGGCCUUGCUUGGCUCCUCUUUCGAUGGCUACCACGAUGGAGAGUAGCCAUGACGGGACGGCCUGUACCACUGAGAGAUUGCGACUGGGUCGUAAUAGAGAACCAAUGGGGAGAGUUUGCUGUGCAGUAUGUAAACCAGCGGACAUAUGGUCGUUCUAUAUCCACUGUCUUUGGCGACCUUGAAAAGGUACCCUAUGGAGACUACGAUGAAGACUCGGAUCCCGUCAUUAGCCAGCUACACUCUCUAGACUAUCGCUACAUCCGAUUCUGCUACCAUCCCCUGAAAGACAAGUUUAUUCUCACGAACACCUGGAAGGACCCUGCUUGGACCGAUCGAGAUUACCGAGAACUUGUUUUCGGUAGGAACAUGAUCGACAUCGAAGAGAAGUCGGUCGGUCAGCUUCUAGUAGACGAAGCUUUCCACCCAUUCUACGUCUUCCAAAUUGCCAGCCUGAUCCUUUGGUCAUUGGAUGAGUACUACUACUACGCUGCUUGUAUAUUUGUAAUUUCGAUUGUCAGUAUCACCACCACCCUGGUCGAGACCAAGGCCACUAUGAAGCGUCUACGAGAAGUGUCACGGUUUGAAUGCGAUGUACGAGUAUUGCGGAAUGGUUUCUGGAGGCAUGUCGAAUCUGGAGAACUGGUUCCAGGAGAUGUUUACGAAGUUACGGACCCUUCGUUGUCUCAGAUACCCUGCGACAGCCUGUUAUUGUCCGGGGACUGCAUUGUCAACGAGAGCAUGCUGACGGGCGAGUCAGUACCUGUAUCGAAGAUUCCUGUCACGAACGAAUCACUGGAGAUGCUCAAUCUGAGCGCUUCAUCAAUGCUUCCCGAAGUUGCAAGGCACUUACUAUUCUGCGGAACGAAGAUAAUACGCGCUCGAAGACCGCACGACGACGGUGAUGACGAGGCAGCUGCAUUGGCAAUGGCUGUCCGGACUGGCUUCAACACUACAAAGGGCGCCUUGGUACGGUCGAUGCUCUUCCCUAAGCCAUCCGGCUUUAAGUUCUACCGAGAUUCUUUUAGGUAUAUUUCAGUCAUGGGAGGGAUUGCCAUGGUUGGAUUCGUCGCUUCUUUUAUCAACUUCAUCCACUUUGGCCUUGCCUGGCACUUGAUCGUUGUCCGCGCCCUCGACUUAAUCACAAUUGUCGUUCCACCUGCGCUUCCGGCUACGCUUACGAUUGGAACGAACUUCGCAUUGUCCCGUCUGAAGCAGAAACAAAUCUUCUGCAUCAGUCCACAACGAGUGAAUGUUGGAGGGAAGCUCGACGUGAUCUGUUUUGAUAAAACCGGCACUCUGACGGAAGAGGGUCUGGACGUUCUAGGCGUUCGAGUUGUGCAACGGCCCACCAAUGGAUUCAGCGAUAUUCUCACAGAUGCUAUAGAAGUCCUGCCCGGAGCCUCAUACGAGCGAGAUCCUACCGUCAACUACUCCGUUCAUAAGGCAAUUCUCUACACCAUGGCCACAUGCCAUUCCCUCCGUGUAAUCGACGACGAACUCUUGGGCGAUCCACUGGAUGUUAAGAUGUUCAACUUCACAGGCUGGAGCUUUGAGGAAGGAGAACACAAAUCUGGGACUGGAGAUGAAGACCAAGAUCACAAUCUAUCGCCUUCAGUUGCUAGACCUCCACCAGGAAGGGAAUACGACAUUGAUCACCGCGCGGACAAUGCGAAUAGAAAACCAGUCGAGCUUGGUGUGAUUAAGACCUUCGAGUUUGUCUCUCAACUUCGAAGGGCCAGUGUCAUUGUACGACAAUUCGGUUCACGCAAUGUCCAAGUGUAUGUCAAAGGAGCACCCGAAUGCAUGAAAGGCAUUUGUCGACCAGAAAGUUUCCCAACAGACUAUGAGGACCUACUGGCCUAUUACACCCAGAAGGGUUUCCGUGUUAUCGCGUGUGCCGCGAAGACUUCUGAGAAGAGCUGGGUCAAGGUCCAAAAGAUGAAGCGAGAAGAAGCAGAGAGUAAUCUCGAUUUCAUGGGCUUUAUCAUCUUCGAGAACAAGCUCAAGGCCAGUACAACACCCGUUAUUGAAGAGCUUGAGAGGGCGAAUAUCCGCAAAGUCAUGUGCACAGGAGACAACAUUCUGACCGCAAUUAGCGUGGCAAGGGAAUGCGGCUUGAUCAACAAGACCGCCCACUGCUUCGUACCACACUUCGUGGAAGGUGAUUCACGAACAGCCCUUGCUAAACUCAGCUGGGAGAGCGUGGACGACCACGUUUUCAAACUCGACGAGAACACACUCAAGCCAUUGCCUCCGCCACCUGAAUCAGAUGCCUCCCUUCCAUACGACAUAUCGAACCUUCGAAACUACUCCAUCGCCGUAAGCGGAGAUGUAUUCCGCUGGAUCAUUGACUUCGCCUCAGAAAAAGUGCUCCGCGAAAUGCUCGUCAGAGGCCAAGUAUUCGCACGCAUGUCUCCGGAUGAAAAGCACGAACUGGUCGAAAAACUCCAAUCCAUCGACUACUGCUGCGGUUUCUGCGGUGACGGUGCAAACGACUGCGGAGCCCUGAAAGCUGCGGACGUGGGCAUCUCGCUCUCCGAAGCUGAGGCAUCUGUCGCAGCGCCGUUUACCAGCCGGGUCUUCGACAUCUCGUGCGUCCCGCAGGUCAUUAAGGAAGGGCGUGCGGCACUCGUUACGAGUUUCAGCUGCUUCAAGUAUAUGAGUUUGUAUUCUGCUAUACAGUUCACGUCUGUUAGCUUUCUCUAUGCUUCGGCGUCUAAUCUUGGAGAUUUCCAGUUCCUGUUUAUUGAUCUACUGCUUAUUCUUCCUAUUGCUAUUUUCAUGGGAUGGAGCGGCGCGUAUCCUCAGCUAUCCCGCAAGCGACCUACAGCCUCUUUGGUGUCGAGGAAGGUGCUUACACCUCUGUUGGGACAGAUAUUUAUCUGUGUGGUUAUCCAAGCGGUUGGGUUUGAAUACGUGCAGAAGCAGCCAUGGUAUCAACCUCCAAUCGUCGAUAAAGACCACUCAAACAGUCUGAACAGCCAGAACACAACAUUGUUCCUAGUCAGUUGUUUCCAGUACAUCCUCAGCGCUGUGGUGUUGAGUGUAGGGAAGCCGUUUCGGCAGCCUAUGAGUCAGAAUCUACCCUUCGUAAUCACAAUGCUCCUCACCCUCGCCAUAACCUUUUACCUCCUCUUCGACCCCGCACACUGGCUCUUCAAGCUCAUGGAACUCACAUAUCUCUCCCCGGUCUUCAAAGUCUUCAUCCUAGCCCUCGGAAUCGGAAACUUUGUGCUUGCAUUCUUAAGCGAGAGAUUUCUGUUACCGAGGAUGGCGAUGUGGGUGGGGUGGAUCAAGAUUAGGGUGAAUCCGAAGUGGAAGAAGAAGAGGAAAGCGUAUAAGGAAAUUGCGGAAGGGAUGAGAAUAUAA